AAGAGAACGCAUUUCUGGCACAUCCGGGCUUCCGUAGACAGCAGGAGCGAAGGGACCUGCUCGCUGCCACAGCCUGAGAGCAUCCUUUUCCUUUGAUUCCUUAUCAUCUUCACCCAAACACAGCGAAAUGACGGAAAAUCAUGAGGAUAGCAUCUCUUCACUCACCGGUUUGCGGUAGUAAAUCGUUACGGGUUACGUUAGCCGUUUGGCUAGCGUAAUGCUACACAACAUGAGGCUUUUCUUGUGAUAAAGAGCAGACAUAAUAGCCUGUCUGUGGAAACGAAAAGGAUAUAGUUAUUUAUCACAGCGAGCUGGGCUGAGCUUCUAGCUUUUAGUUUUUUUAAACAAACAUAUUUUGCAACAAAAUGCUCACUGGCAGUUUUUUUUCCUCCUUGGAUGAUGUGAAUGAAAUCAGUGGUGCUCCAGUAAUGAAGAUACACAGAUAAAAGUGUUCGCCUGACAACAUCAAGGUGCCUGAGACUUUCCUGGUCUAAGACUUAUAGAAAAGAGAGCAGUAUUUUGGCGAUCACCAACCAACAAACUCUGCGAGUCUGACUAGCCUGAUGCCAUAAGAAAAGGACAUCUGGACUGAAAUGCCAGCAGGACCCUCUCCACUGAUGAUGAAUGUUUGUCAGCAGCUCCCACUUGUGCGCCAUCACUUUGGAUCACUUAUCAUUUGAAAGUUUAAAGCAUUAGUUGAUGGACUAAUUGGUCAUCGUGAAACUAACUGGACUGUCUUUUAACAUUGGGAUACCACAUGGCUGCAGCAGCAACUUCGGACACUGGGAUAGUCACUGACCCAACAAAUGAUCACAUGCCCAUAUCAGCAAAGAUUUAUCCGAAAUACGGGCCUUAAAUCUUAGAUUAUACUGAACUCGUCAUUUGUACUUAUUUGCUAUAUCUACAGUUAUGUACGUUAGUAAAUAACUUCCUGGAUCAUCUCACUCAGGGAUUGAGGUUGAUUACAACAUUUUAGUACUUUUGUCAUGCAGGGAAUCUGGGGACGCAUCAGAAACAAGCUGGCAACUAAGACUUGGCAACUCAAUUGUAGCUGACUGUGUGGCCUUCCUAUCCUCAUUAAUGACCCCAUGACCCCUGCAGAAGUCAUAUAUUUGGGUAUCAGCUAACCACAUGUUCUUAUCAGAGAUCUAAUAGCAGCCGUCGGGAUGAGCACAUGUCUGUAGCCGUGCCGCGCCAGCGUUGUCGAGGCUGGCGGUCAUCUUCCACGGCCAUGACUCGGCUGAUGUUGGGCAGGACUCUGGAGCGCAUCUGUAAAGGCGUCCUGCUGCUCUGCCUGCUCCACUUCCUCAUCAUGAUGAUCCUGUACUUCGACGUCUACACGCAGCGCUUCGACCUCUUCAGCCGCUUCAACAACGGCCGCAACGGAUCCAGGAAUAACGUCAGCGGACCAGCAGGGAGCGGACACCAUUAUUACUAUUACAACCUUUCCAGGCCCAACGCUACUUUAGCCAGCUACCUUGCCACAGGGGAGCAGCUGGUGCCGAGUGUGCAGCCCGAGACCAAUCAGACACCUUCCCCCAAACCGCUGCCGCCGUGCCCCGAGAUCCCACCAGGCCUUGUGGGGCGUUUGUUGAUCGAGUUCAGCUCCCAGAUGACGAUGGAACGAGUGCAGAAAGAAAACCCCAACGUGACGGACGGAGGCCGCUACACGCCUCCUGACUGUCGGCCUAGAUGGAAGGUGGCCAUCAUCAUCCCGUUCCGUCACAGAGAAAACCACCUUAAGUACUGGCUCCACUACCUCCACCCUAUCCUUAGACGGCAGAAGAUUGACUACGGCAUCUACAUCAUCAACCAGUUGGGUGAGGACACCUUCAAUCGUGCCAAGUUGUUGAAUGUUGGCUACACGGAGGCUUUGAAGGACGCAGAGUAUGACUGCUUCAUCUUUAGCGACGUGGACCUGAUUCCAAUGGACGACCGCAACCUCUACCACUGCUACGACCAGCCAAGGCACUUUGCCAUUGCCAUGGACAAGUUUGGCUUCAGGCUGCCCUAUGCAGGGUACUUUGGAGGAGUUUCAGGCCUCAGUAAAAAACAGUUUCUGAAGAUCAACGGCUUUCCCAACGAGUACUGGGGCUGGGGUGGGGAGGACGACGACAUCUACAACAGGAUCACUCUGAAUGGAAUGAAGGUGUCCAGGCCAGACGUUCGUAUUGGCCGCUACAGAAUGAUUAAACACGAGAGAGACAAACACAACGAGCCCAACCCACAGAGAUUUAAUAAGAUACAGAACACGAAGAACACGAUGAAGAAGGACGGCAUCAGCUCUCUGACCUACAGACUGGUUCAGGUCAAAAGGUACCCUCUGUACACAAAUAUCUCUGUGGAGAUCGGCAAACCUCCGCCCCGGCCUUUUAAGGGCUAAAGAGAGAGGAAGAUGAGGGGGUCGACACACUGACUGAAGGGAAAAAGACGAGGAGAAGAAGAGCGCCUAUGAAGUUUAUAAGAUGGAAAUAAAGAGAUCACAUAUCCUUGACAUCUGGAAAAAUGUGAAAGAGAGAGGAGUCAUAAGCACAUCAUGGUCUCUUUAUCUCUUUUUACCCCUCUCUAUGUUUUUUGGGGGGGAUUUUAGCUUGCCAUUAACCAGGACUCAGGCUCUUUCCAACUUUUUCAAUCAGCCAAUGGCUUCACACCUCCUACCUUUACCGAUCAGUGACUUCAGAAUUGAAAGAGAGGGGACCAAAGCUUGAAUAUCAGUGGCCGACCAAAGGUGGCGUCAAACUUAGAAGCUGA